AUGACAGGCAUAAAGAAAUAUGCCCUCGUAGACACCUCCAGACCUCCAAUGACAAAUUGGGCAUCAGGGGAGGAGAAAAUCGCAUCUAUGAGGAUGCCGACAAUUAUUUCAAAGGCUAAGUCAGCGUCAAUAACAUUUGUCCAUAGGCCUAUUGCGGAGGUCGCUUCUCCAGGUCAUGUUCAUUCACUUCUCGCUGAACAGAGGGAUGAAGGUCCCGCUGUACAGAGGGGUGAAGUUCUUCAGCAAAAGCGUCAGGCAAAGAGGAAGGCUUUCCUGGAAGAAACUACUAAGAACUUCUCAAUAGGUUACAUCAUGGCAAAGCAUAUUGACGUUGCUUUUGACGAUGAAGAGGAGAUCAAUGUUCUUCCCAUUGAGCAGCAACUCACAUUUUGGAGAAAUUCUGCUAAAUUUCUCAAGCGACUUCUUGUUGCUACAAAGCAGACCAAGAGCAAAUAUUGUAAAGAAUUCAUGAUUGAGAUCAACAGGCUUAACAGGAUAAUUGAAAAAUGUGGAAGACAUGAUGAGGUUAUAGACCCGGUGCUGCUUAAGUCAAAUAUCAAACAGAAAAUUGCAAAUGAAAUUAGGAAGAAGCGACAGGGAGCUCAAGAGGAACAGAAGUCCAAAACAAGCAGUGUAUAUAAGGAAGAGCCCACCAGUCAAGAACAUGUACAUAAGAUUGUUGAAGAGGAUGUAAAGCAUCUUGCUGACGAUGAGGCAAUAGAAGAGGAGCCAGUUACUUCUCCAGGGGAGGGGGUAUAUAGUAAGGUUGACCAGACUGUAGAUACUAAGGUUGAUGAUAGUGUAAAUAAGGAAGAGGAGCAUAUGCAACAUAUUGUAGAUAUGGAAGAGGAGCAUAUGGAACAUAUUGUAGAUAUGGAAGAGGAGCAUAUGGUAGAUAAGGAAGAGGAGCAUAUGGAAGAUAUUGUAGAUAAUGAAGAGGAGCGUAUGGUAGAUAAGGAAGAGGAGUAUAUGGUAGACAAGGAAGAGGAGCAUAUGGAAAAUGAAAAUUUUAUUGUAGAUAACAAAGGUUUUGAUGAGGAUACUGUUGAUAAAAGUAAAACUAGUUGA